AUGACUUUCUGCCAAACACAGCCAGCCCACCAGCCAGGAUCCCCCUCCCCCAGCCCCACAGCUUGUAUCCCCACAGCCAGCCACCCAACCUGUAUCCCAUCAGCCUGUAUCCCUCCAGCCAGCCCGUCAGCCUGUAUCCCUCCAGCCAGCCCGUCAGCCUGUAUCCCCCCAGCCUGUAUCCCCUCAGCCUGUAUCCCCCCAGCCAGCCCGUCAGCCUGUAUCCCUCCAGCCAGCCCAUCAGCCUCUAUCCCGUCAGCCUGUAUCCCCUCAGCCAGCCCGUCAGCUUGUAUCCCCUCAGCCUGUAUCCCCUCAGCCUGUAUCCCCUCGGCCUGUAUCCCCCCAGCCAGCCCACCAGCCUGUAUCCCUCCAGCCAGCCCAUCAGCCUGUUUCUCCACAGCCAGCCCAUCAGCCUGUUUCUCCACAGCCAGCCCAUCAGCCUGUUUCUCCACAGCCAGCCCAUCAGCCUGUUUCUCCACAGCCAGCCCAUCAGCCUGUAUUUCCACAGCCAGCCCAUCAGCCUGUAUCCCCCCAGCCAGCCCACCAGCCUGUAUCUCCACAGCCAACCCCCAGGCCUCCCAGUCUGUAUCCCCCCAGCCAGCCCGCCAGCCUGUAUCCCCCCCAGCCAGCCCACCAGCCUGUAUCCCCCCCAGCCAGCCCAUCAGCCUGUAUCCCUCCAGCCAGCCCAUCAGCCUGUAUCCCUCCAGCCAGCCCAUCAGCCUGUAUCCCCACAGCCAGCCCAUCAGCCUGUAUCCCCCCAGCCAGCCCAUCAGCCUGUAUUCCCUCCAGCCAGCCCGUCAGCCUGUAUCCCUCCAGCCAGCCCGUCAGCCUGUAUCCCCCCAGCUUGUAUCCCCUCAGCCUGUAUCCCCCCAGCCAGCCCGUCAGCCUGUAUCCCUCCAGCCAGCCCAUCAGCCUGUAUCCCGUCAGCCUGUAUCCCCUCAGCCUGUAUCCCCUCAGCCUGUAUCCCCCCAGCUAGACCACCAGCCUGUAUCUCCACAGCCAACCCCCAGGCCUCCCAGUCUGUAUCCCCCCAGCCAGCCCAUCAGCCUGUAUCCCUCCAGACAGCCCAUCAGCCUGUAUCCCUCCAGACAGCCCAUCAGCCUGUAUCCCUCCAGACAGCCCAUCAGCCUGUAUCCCUCCAUACAGCCCAUCAGCCUGUAUCCCUCCAGACAGCCCAUCAGCCUGUAUCCCUCCAGACAGCCCAUCAGCCUGUAUCCCUCCAGACAGCCCAUCAGCCUGUAUCCCUCCAGACAGCCCAUCAGCCUGUAUCCCUCCAGACAGCCCAUCAGCCUGUUUCUCCACAGCCAGCCCAUCAGCCUGUAUCCCUCCAGCCAGCCCGUCAGCCUGUAUCCCUCCAGCCAGCCCAUCAGCCUGUAUCCCGUCAGCCUGUAUCCCCUCAGCCAGCCCGUCAGCACACCACCACCCUGUAUCCCCCCAGCCAGCCCACCAGCCUGUAUCCCCCCAGCCAGCCCAUCAGCCUGUAUCCCUCCAGACAGCCCAUCAGCCUGUAUCCCUCCAGACAGCCCAUCAGCCUGUAUCCCUCCAGACAGCCCAUCAGCCUGUAUCCCUCCAGACAGCCCAUCAGCCUGUAUCCCUCCAGACAGCCCAUCAGCCUGUAUCCCUCCAGACAGCCCAUCAGCCUGUAUCCCUCCAGACAGCCCAUCAGCCUGUAUCCCUCCAGACAGCCCAUCAGCCUGUAUCCCUCCAGACAGCCCAUCAGCCUGUAUCCCUCCAGACAGCCCAUCAGCCUGUAUCCCCACAGCCAGCCCAUCAGCCUGUAUCCCCCCCAGCCUGUAUCCCUCCAGACAGCCCAUCAGCCUGUAUCCCUCCAGACAGCCCAUCAGCCUGUAUCCCUCCAGACAGCCCAUCAGCCUGUAUCCCUCCAGACAGCCCAUCAGCCUGUAUCCCUCCAGACAGCCCAUCAGCCUGUAUCCCUCCAGACAGCCCAUCAGCCUGUAUCCCUCCAGACAGCCCAUCAGCCUGUAUCCCUCCAGACAGCCCAUCAGCCUGUAUCCCUCCAGACAGCCCAUCAGCCUGUUUCUCCACAGCCAGCCCAUCAGCCUGUAUCUCCACAGCCAGCCCACCAGCCUGUAUCCCUCCAGACAGCCCACCAGCCUGUAUCCCUUCAGACAGCCCAUCAGCCUGUAUCCCUCCAGACAGCCCAUCAGCCAGGAUCCCCCCCCCAGCCAGCCCCACAGCUUGUAUCCCCACAGCCAGCCACCCAACCCUGUAUCCCCACAGCCAACUCCCAAGCCUCCCAGCCUGUAUCCCCCUCAGCCAGCCCGUCAGCCUGUAUCCCCCUCAGCCAGCCCGUCAGCCUGUAUCCCCCCAGCCAGCCCGUCAGCCUGUAUCCCCCUCAGCCAGCCCGUCAGCCUGUAUCCCCCUCAGCCAGCCCGUCAGCCUGUAUCCCCCUCAGCCAGCCCGUCAGCCUGUAUCCCCCUCAGCCAGCCCGUCAGCCUGUAUCCCCCUCAGCCAGCCCGUCAGCCUGUAUCCCCACAGCCAGCCAGCCCGUCAGCCUGUAUCCCCACAGCCAGCCAGCCCGUCAGCCUGUAUCCCCUCAGCCAGCCCGUCAGCCUGUAUCCCCCCCAGCCAGCCCGUCAGCCUGUAUCCCCACAGCCAGCCAGACCAUCAGCCUGUAUCCCCACAGCCAGCCAGCCUAGAUCUCUACAGUGUUUGCGCCUGAUUCCACUAUGUGUUUAA